GAUUUAAGUCCAAGGUCCAACGACAGCGGUCCAAGGGCAACGACACUGUGGUUUUGCGACACUUUUUUGAGCUGAUUUUUUAUAUUUGCUUUCUGCACAUAAAAAAUCGAAAUAAAUUGUAAAUAAGUUUGAUAACUUGGUGGUUUUAAACUCAAAUUAUGGAUUUGACAAACGGAACUAUGAUUUAGAAUUGUUUAAAUCCGUAUAACACUUUAGUAAGAGCUCUCCUCUGUUCUUUACGAAAGUCACCUCGAAUUUUUCUAUCUUUAGUUAUGAUCGAUAUUAUAAUAUAUUUGAUGCUUUCGGCAUAAGUUUUGUGUGCUUGUUUACUGUCUUCAAACCUGAUUCUUCUUUUGAUUUCAUUAUUAUUUCUAUUAAAACUGCAGUAUAACUAUCAAAUAAGGAACAAUUGUUUCUUUUUUAUGAACUUAUACAGACGCUUGUUGUGAUGAGCAAAGUAGUUAGUCAGAUUACUUCCUCAGAAAUUCGGAAUAUGUUAGUAAAAGACAUGCAUAAGCCAUACAAUGUCGGUCACAGUUGUCUUAGAAACAUCCCUUAUAUCUGAUGUAACCACAGAGUUUCUUAUUUCCGAAUGGGGGUAGAUAUCUUAUGUAGAGUUAGGAACCCGAUUAAUGAUGCUGCGGAAUAUAAUUGACUGAUAUGGUCAAGAUGUGCGUUACAUAUUCCUCAUAACCGCGUACCCCAUUGUAUAAUAUUUAACAUUCUUAUUUGUUAGGUAAGGUACAUGGUUGCACAAUUCAAAACAGUUGGUGAAGUGUUUGAUCGCUGUCUCGAGCCACAUUCAGGUAAUACUGUCAACCAAUGCUUGACUAUGGCGGGUGAAAUAGUGCAGACACUUUCCUCUGUAUGUUUUGUUCAGUGCUAUUUCCUACUCUCAUUCUUCUAUCUCACUCGUUUCUCCUUAAAUGUAUUCCGGAUGUUCAAAUUUCCACUGCCUUGGAAAUUAUUUACCAUGUUUUGUCUUUCAUCCUGUUAAUUUGUUCUUUCUGACUUGAUGCGUGGUAACUUAAGUUACCGUUCUGUUCAAUUGAGCGGACGGCUCCAUGUUGGUAACAAGGGACUUGAGUUAAUCGAGAUUAAUAGACUUAGUUUCUGAUUUUUUUUCAUAGAUCUUGAACCAUUAUGUGUUUGAAAAAUUUAGCUUUGUGCUUUGCUUGAAAUAGUAGUUUUAUAACAGCUGUUCUUCAAAUAGUCCACGUUGAUAUAGGUCAGCUGACUGGUAUACUAUUGGAAUAUUACUCAGAUAAUGUCGUACAAAGAACUCUACUACUACCACUUAAUCAACUGUCCUACUUAAAAAUGUUGCGUAAAAAUCUACAGCAACCUUACUGAACAAGUAUUUUCCUUUCAAGGACAUACUGGGUUAUCUUGCUUUUGGUUACGAUUUUAAAACAAUCCUUAUAGAUCAUACCUUGUUCUAAAUUACGCUUAAUCAGGAAUUGUUUUCUGUUCAAUUAAUUCAUAACAUUUUUUGUUCUUUUUCGUUAGCAUUUUCUACAUAUAUUUCAUUUAGGCAGUUGAGUUAUUUUCAAGCAAUUUGCUGGUGUUCUUGUUAAAAUUUCUUUAAACUAACAUAGAAUACGAUAAUCUAGUGGUUCGCAUAACAACUGAUAAUGCUGUUUCGAAUUUUUUUUUAGAAAUUCACACUGAUUUUUUAAAAAUUCUGUUGAACAACCUUGUCUAUCUUACUAGUCGUAGUAGCAUGUCAUCAAUCAUGUCAAAUUUUCUCUACGUGAUCUGUAUGUUUGCUUUUACUUAUGUCGUAGAAAGUUCUUGGAAUGUUACUAUAAAUCAUAAUCCGAAUUGUAACCUUUCGAAAGGAUGUGACAAAUAUGAUGUGAUAUACAUUAAUGGUCGUAAUUUAACAUCUUCAGUACAUGUGUUUAUAACAGCAUCAGAACGCUUUUCUCUCCCAUCAAUUUUGAUUAUUCACAGUUCAUCAGCUGAAGCUAAUCCUGUAAUAGAAUGGGAGAAUUUGAAUAUUUCUUCUGGAAAAAGAUUAAAUAUCGGUAAUGUGACCCAGUCAUAUGCUCUUGUAUUUUACAAAAUGCUUGAAUAUAAUGAUUUAUCUGACGACGUAAACAUGUCCAUUUAUCCUCAAAAUUCUGAUCAAAUUCGAAUCCACCAUUUAAAUGAAUAUAACUGGAAGCGUAAUUCAAACAACGAUAGUUCGUUAUUCUUUGAAGACAAUUUAUUUGAAAUAACAUACAAUGGAACCAGUCCAAAAAUGGCUUCACCAUACGAGCAAGUUAUUAUUAAAUUUCGAAUAAGUAAUACAACUCAACAUCAUAAAGAUAUGCCACAUUUAUUAUUUAAACCUGGUUGGAUUAUUCAAUUUGAUAUUUUAUUCAAUAAUUUAACUAGUAAUUUUAAUCAAAGUCGAUUUGGUUUACAAUUAAUGAUGAUGUCAAAUUUAACUUUGGAUCCAACUGAAGAAUUUCGUAAAGAGGUUUUAUUAAGUAUUGACGAUGAAUUAACACCUGGAAAUUUUGAGAUGACCAAUAUUUUAUUAGGUGAAUCAGUAUCUAAAAUGAAUAAUAAUGAUGAACAAUAUUCAAGAAAUUCAACUCAUCCAUCCGCAUUUCUUCAAAUCAAACCAGCUUGUUUCAUUGAUAAUCAUUUACGAACCGUUCAAAAUAGUCGUAAUGUUUAUAUUGGUAAACAUCAAGAUUUAUUAGACAAUAAUAAAAUAGGAAAUGAUAAUUUAUCUCAAUUUGAUCUACUGAAUUAUUCAUUUCCAUCAAUAUUUUAUGCGGAUCGAUUAAAUCCUAAUAGUAACAAUAAUACUAACUUAAAACCUAUUAGUAUUCGUUUAUUAAAUGUAUCAUUUGGUACAUCAACUGAUGGAUUUUAUGCUAAAUCAAAAUUUAUUGUUUGGACUGCAUCGUUUGGUCUAGGCAACCCGCCUACUGAUAAUCUAUCUUCUUUAUUGAUUGGAUUAAUUAUAUUCUCGAUGCUGAUCAUCGUUAGCUCUGUAGUUUUAGGCAUUCUACUUGUCAUUGUUUUACGUCGAAAUACUGCUAUUAACAAUAAUGACAGGCAACCUAUUCUUAGUCAUUUUGUUAAUGAUCCUAUCGCUUAGAUUGAAUUUUAGCCAUUUUAUAUAUAUUGUCCAAAUUUUUGUUAUUCCGUGGGGAGAGCCACGGUGGAGUAAACAAAAAUCUGAGGAAAAAACUACAAAUCCCAUGAAUCGUUGAUUAUUAUUAUUUGAUUCUUUUAUAAUUUUUUUUAUUGUUGAUUUUGUUCUCUUGUAUUAAUUCAUUUGUGCCUUUACAAUAUGCGAAAAUCCACAUUUAAUAUAUAUACUUCUGUGAUUUGCAUUGAGAAAAUAUUGAUUAUACUGUUCUGUGUUAGCUAGAUAAUUGUGGCUGAGAAAUGGGUUAUACAAAAAAAAAUAAACCAAAAUCAGGUAGAGUGAAA